UGGGACUCCUACCUGUCAAGGUUCGGGUUCCACCUCGAAGCCUCCGACAUCACGACGGAGGAGAAGAAGCGGGCGACGCUCCUGAGCUCUUGCGGAAAGAGCGUGUUCGACAUCGCCCGGUCCCUGGUGGCACCAGCGGACAUCUCGACCGUCUCGUACAAGGACCUGACCGAGAAGCUGCAGGCACAUUUCUCCCCGAAGCCGUCGGAGAUUGCGUGCCGGCAUGCCUUCUACAAGAGGGGUCAGGCGGCCAGCGAGUCGGUGGCGGAGUUUGUGGCUGCCCUACGAAAGGCGGCAAGGCCCUGCAACUUCGCGAAUGUGGAAGAGGCCCUCAGAGACCGGCUAGUGUGCGGAAUGAGGGACGACCAGCUGCAGCAGAGGCUGUUCGCUAGAAAGGAGCUGACCUGGGCAACGGCCUACGACCAGGCCAUCGCCGCGGAAGCAGCCGACAAGUCGACCCGAGAGGUGCGUCAGCGUUUGGCAGCGACGGAGCUGCGCGUUCACCACCAGGGGGCCGACAGUGACAGCGAGGGUAAGCUGAGUGACGUCUGCAUCGUCAAAAAGAAGGCAGACCAGCGGACCCCAGUGAAGACUUCGACCAGCCCAGCCUGCGCAGGCUGUGGCGGGAAGCACCCACGUGAGCAGUGUUGGACGAAAGACGUCCCCUGCCGUAAGUGUGGCAAAAUGGGCCACAUCGCUCGAGCCUGCAGAGCAAUUAGGAGGUCCACGCCAGAAGCAUCACCCCGGAAUCAACGCUCACGAGCAGCACAUCGUGAGGACGACCGUCAGACGACAUCGAGUCUGUCAACCAAGCCUGCGGUUCGUCGAGUCGGAGGGACGGGAAAGAUCCACGUCACAGUCAACCUCAACGGAGUGCCCUGCAGCAUGGAGGUCGACUCCGGAUCGUCCGUGACCGUCCUGUCAUCCCACACCUGGCAGCGCAUGUUCCCGACCAGGAGCCGGCGGCGUUUGAAAGCCGCUGAAACGCAGGUGUCCGAUUUCCAGGGGAGGCGCAUUCCUCUGGCGGGAAGGGACACCUUUAUGGUCGAAUUCAAAGGGAAAUGUGUUGAAUUGUCAUGUUUGAUUGCCGAGGGUCACCGGGUAAAUUUACUCGCAUUGGAGUGGUUCGAACCACUCGGGAUAGCACUUACUGGGGUGAAUGCCGUAUCUGAAAAUAAAUGGGCUGUACUUUAUAAUGAAUUUCCUGAUGUGUUCGGGGGCGGUCUGGGAAAGUACAAAGGGCCCCCUGUGUCUUUUGAGCUCGAUCCAUCUGUGACACCUAUACGGUUGAAGUAUAGGAAGGUGCCAAUCCCGCUUAAACCACGGAUCGAAGCCGAGCUGGACAAGCUCAUAGCCCAAGGAGUAUUGGAGCCAGUCCCAUUUAGCAAAUGGGAGACGCCUAUAGUCACGCCAGUAAAAUCGGAUGGCUCCAUCCGAAUAUGCGCUGACUAUAAGUGCACGAUCAACCGUGCCUUGCAGCAGCAUUCCUACCCUGUCCCGGUAAUCAGCCACGUCCUGGCGUCACUGGGAGGGGGGAAAGUGUUUGCAAAGUUCGACCUCGCCCAAGCCUACCAACAGCUGCCUGUGACCAGGGAGGCGGCUGAGGCGCAGACAAUCGUCACCCACAGAGGGGCUUUUCGAGUGAACCGGCUCCAGUUUGGGGUAAACGUGGCUCCAGGAGUGUUCCAAGGCCUCAUGGAAGGGUUACUGAGGGGAGUUCAGGGGACUGUCCCUUAUUUUGACGAUGUGUUGGUGGCUGGGAGGUCCGAUGAGGAACUCAUGAGCAGAGUUCGAGAGGUACUGAAACGGUUCUCUCAAGCGGGACUUAAGGUGAAACAGUCCAAAUGUAUAGUGGGUGUUCCCAGUGUGGAAUUUUUGGGGUUCAGGAUCGACGAACAUGGUGUCCACCCCACAGAGGACAAGGUGAGGGCAAUUAAGGAUGCCCCAUGUCCAGGGAACAAAAAGGAGCUCCAAGCAUUCCUUGGACUCCUCAAUUUUUACCACGCCUUCCUCCCCCACAAGGCGUCGGUAGCGGCCCCACUACAUGCCCUCCUGCACAAAGAGGCAAAAUGGCGGUGGGGGUCAGAGCAGGAACGGGCGUUCAAAGGAGUCAAGGCAUUACUGGUGUCCAAUGCAGUGUUGACUCACUACGAUGAUAAUAAAAUGUUGGUGUUGGCUGCGGAUGCAUCUCCUUAUGGGGUGGGGGCGGUGCUCAGCCAUUUGAUGCCAAACGGCGAGGAAGCUCCCGUAGCAUUUUAUUCCCGCUCACUGUCAAGCGCGGAGAAGGGGUACGCCCAGAUCGACAAGGAGGGACUGGCGCUUGUUGCAGCAGUUAAAAAGUUUCAUGACUUUUUGUAUGGUCGGAAGUUUCUCCUUGUCACCGACCACAAGCCCCUGUUGGGAAUCUUUGCCCCGGACCGGCAACUUCCCAACAUCAUGUCAGCGCGGAUGCUGAGGUGGGCUCUGUUCCUGUCCGCCUACGAUUACGACCUAGAACAUCGGCCGGGUAAGGCGAUUGGUCACGCGGACGCUUUGAGUCGCUGCCCUCUGCCCGGCCUGGACUCAGACCCAGCUCCAGCUAGCGAGGUGUUAGCGAUUGAUGAACUGUCCCAGGCUCCGAUCACCUCCAAGGACAUUGCGGCUGCGUCCGCUAAAGGCAUUGUGAUCUCCAGGGUCUUGAACUGGGUUUGGAGGGGGUGGCCUGUGGGCUCUGUGGAGCCAGAAUUUGCGUGUUACAAAAUGCGUCAAAACGAGCUGUCUGUGUCAAAGGGAUGUCUUUUGUGGGGAAGCCGGGUGGUGGUCCCUCACAAACUCAGGGAAAAAGUGCUGAAAUCACUUCACGAGGGCCAUCCCGGCAUGGUCCAUAUGAAGGCGCUAGCUCGCGGCGCUGUCGUCACAGUGCUGCGACAGUUGUUUGCCACUCACGGGUUGCCUGACGUACUCGUGAGUGACAACGGCGCACAAUUUACUUCCGAGGAGUUCAGGAGGUUCUUGUCUGAUAACGGGAUCAGGCAAAUGACGGCCGCGCCGUUUCACCCGGCCUCAAACGGGCAGGCCGAGAGAAUGAAUAAUGGAGCUGCUAAGGGCCAUACAGGGAUCUUCUCCAUCCCCCUGCUCAAUGCAGGGUCAACCUAA